AUGGCUCUGGUCUCCUUGUCGGAAGUGGACCGGACCUUCAUUAGGUUUCUGGGAGAAUCAGUGACGUUUGAAGAUAUAGCUGUAGACUUCACCAAGGAAGAGUGGGUCCUGCUGGACACAUCCCAGAGAAAGCUGUACAGAGAUGUGAUGCUGGAAAGUAUCAAUCAUCUGGUCUCCGUGGGCUAUCAGAUAUUCAAAUCAGAUGUGCUUUUCCAAUUGGUGCAAGGAAAAGAGCUGUGGAGUCAAGGAAGUGGAUUUCUCCAACACCAGAGUCCAGGAAGGAGAAAUCCCCUUAAAAAACAAGAAAUUAUGUCAAUGAAACAUAACAGCAUGAAGAAAUUAUCUCUCACCAUGCCAAUGUUAAGUUUCAUGGGUUCAUCCCUUUAUCAAAUUCACACUAGCGAUGUGUCAUGUGAAUGUAAUCUAUGUGGGAAAGCCUUUAGUAAUUUCUUUAGCCUUAGACGACACAAGAUGAUUCACAGUGGAGAGAAACCAUAUAAAUGUCAUCUAUGUGGGAAUGGUUUUUUGCAAAAUUCUGACCUUAGAAACCACAUUCGAAUCCACACUGGAGAGAAACCAUAUAAAUGUCAUCUGUGUGGGAAAGUCUUCAGUCAAAGUUCGUACCUUAGACAACAUGAGAAAACUCACACAGGAGAGAAGCCAUAUGAAUGCCAUGUAUGUGAGAAAGCUUUCAGCCAAAGUUCUUACUUUAGGAAACAAGAGAGAAUUCAUCCUGCAGAGAAACGUUAUGAAUGCCCUCAGUGUGGGAAAGUCUUUAGUCAAAGCUCUGGCCUUAGCCAGCACAAGAGAAUCCACACAGGAGAGAAACCACAUAUAUGUCUUCUAUGUGGGAAAGACUUCUGUCAAAGUUCUGAACUUAGACGGCAUAACAGAACACACUCAGGAGAAAAACCAUAUGAGUGUCAUCAGUGUGGGAACGCCUUCAGUCAAUAUUUUAAUCUUAGGCGACAUGAGAGAACCCACACUGGAGAGAAACCAUAUGAAUUCCAGCUAUGUGGGAAAUUCUUCAGUCAUCGUUCUUCCCUUAGACGACACGAGGAAACCCAACAUUGA